CCCAUACUCUUCACUAAACGGAAGUGUCAAAACCAGAGACCUCAAACACCUGUUAUCUUAUUUCAACUUUGGCUUUGAGCCGCAUAGGCAAAGUCCAUCAAUUUUGAGUUUUGCAAUUUACCCAGUUUUACAGACUCAGCUUUAGGGUGUUGUUGAAUGGCAGCGAUGUCGAACAACAGUAGCAGUUCUCUGGCCAUCACAAUGCACAGUGUUUCAACAACUCUCAAUGUCACUGAAAUGUUUAAGACUGAUUAUGAUUUAAGCUCCAGCUCAGCAUAUGACUACUCUGAUUAUUAUAAAAAUGGUCCUGCUGGUGCAGCACCGUGUGAUUACAGAACCCAUGCAAGACAUUUUCUCCCAGUGCUCUACUCCCUGUUCUUCAUUGUGGGCUUCCUGGGAAACAUGCUGGUGUUGUGGGUGAUCCUGAGAGGUGCUCAGUUGAAAAGCAUGACUGACGUGUCUCUCCUGAACCUGGCCAUCGCUGACCUUCUACUAAUCUUCUCUCUCCCCUUCCUGGCUCACCACGCCAGAGAUAUGUGGGUUUUCGGUAAAGGCAUGUGCACUCUGGUCCUCAGUGUGUACUAUAUCAGCUUUUAUGCCGGCAUUUUCUUUAUUGUGCUGAUGAGCAUCGACAGAUACUUGGCUAUCGUCCAUGCUGUGUUUGCCUUGAGAAUCCGAACAAAGGCCUAUGGGAUUUUAGCUAGCAUGGUCAUCUGGAUUAUAGCUGUUGCAGCAUCAUUUCCUGAGCUACUGUAUCUCGGAGUUGAAGAGAAUGGGAGUAAAUUAUAUUGCAGUGCUUAUCCGAAUGAUGGAAGUCACAGGGAAUAUAGGAUUGCAGCUUUCAUUAAAAUGAAUGUUUUGGGCCUGCUAAUUCCGCUGAGUAUUGUGGGAUUUUGUUACUCGAUGGUGAUACGGAGGCUUCUGAUGCUUCGUACAUCCAAGAAACUGGCCAUUCGUCUUGUUGCUGCAGUCAUGGUGGUCUUCUUCUGCUGUUGGACGCCGUACAACUUUGUAGCAUUCCUCAAAGCACUGGAACUGCGGGGGAUCCUGUCUUCAGAGUGCGAGUUCGGCAAAAGGAUCCAGCUGAUGCUGCAAGUCACUGAAGCCGUGGCAUACUCGCACAGCUGCCUCAAUCCAUUCCUCUAUGUGUUUGUGGGUGAAAAGUUCAGGAGGCACCUCGCCAGGCUUCUGCGCCAGACACCAUGCAUCCAUGUGCAGUGUAUGAAGAGCUACAUGACCCAGGCCGCAGCCUCUGUGUAUUCGCAGACCACAAGUGUGGAUGAACGUUCAGUUGGCGUCUGAAUGGUAGAGAUUGUUAAAGGAAUACAACGUUUUAUUUAAUAUGUGUAUACUGUAUAUAUUUGCACUGCUGGGCAUAUUCAGUAAGGAUUUAAUACCAAGAUUGACCACAUAAGUAUUCAGACCCAAGACAUAAUUCCAGACUUAAGAGCUCUUCAGAAGUUACACAAGAAUUAUGCAUAUCGCUUGGAGUUUGAGUAAACCAUAUGGAUAUCUCAAUUGCAUACCAUUCUGAUCUUUAACUUAGGCCCAUUUUCUUACAUGAUAUUGACUUGAGCGAGGAGCAGGAUUAAAUCUAACACCACUCUCUGACAGUUUGAUGUAAUUAUGAUGUGUCACACUGAAAUUUAAAAAACUGUGAAUACCAUUCAGGGUCAAUAUUGAAUACAUAAAUAUGUCAAUAAGUCCACAAAAAGGUUUUCUUUUUCCCAUGGAUGACACUACGUGGGAGACGGCAUCUUAAUCGGAGACAUUGCUAAUCUUGAGGAUUGAAUUUUUUAUGGAUAAAAUUAUGAACAACACCUAAGUGAGCUGUAAGUGUAGCAGAUGAAUGCUUGGUCAGCUUAUCCUUCAAAAUGUAGGCAAACCAUGGCUACAUUAAGUUGUGCACACAAUUAUAUGGCAGUGCAUAACAUGACAAAAAUACUGGAGGUGGCCUAGGUGCUAGUGAAAAACCCUCAUCUCUCAACCCCAGAGGCUUGAAGUACACAUAGAUAAUUUUAAUAAUCUGCAAAGAAUUUCAACUUAACUACCUGUGUAAACUGAUUCUGAAUAUGGGUAACUUUUCUUGUUGUUGCCAACUCUGAAUACGGCCCUUUAAUUUUAUAUCCCUCAAUGCCUGGGUCACUAAAGGAUAAUUGGGCUGAUGUUGAGGCCAAUUUGCUCUCCUUGAUGAUUCCAGAAGGUGUCCAGAUUUUAGCUGGGUUGCAGCUGAUUUUAAAUCAUAGAUGUUCAAUAUUUUUAACUUAAUAUAUUGUAGUGUGGGGGAAGUACAGAUUGUCUAGUGUGAAAAACCUGAUGUCCUGUGUGAAAGACUGAUAACCAGGCAUUAGAUGGGUGUGAGGUUGUACUUGUAUAGAUUAUAUAUCUUUAAUGUUCAAUUUUAAAAUAGAUUGCUUUUAAUUUUGGUCUAGUUUGCAUAUUGUCACGUUCUUGUGUAAAAUGUUAAGUAUGUGUUUAUGUGCCAACCUGAACAUAAAUCGGAGUCUUCCUGUGCAAUUAUAUAUAUCAAGCAUAUCUAUAUUAAGCAGUGUUAAACACACUGGGACAUCAAAACAUGCAGAGCCAUACCCUGUGUUAUUCUGUGAAUCUCUGAAAAUGUUUAUUGUAACAAACCCCACAGUUGAAUAUUUUCCUGUAAUAUUUUCCUAUAAUAGCAAGUGUUUUAUUCCUCUUAUACCCCAACAAUUUGCCAGUGUUUGCAAUUUUACAGUUUAUUAAACAACAUGCCAUACUGUGUUUUUCAUUUAUAGUUACAUUUAAUGUUGUGGAACAAGUUAGUUCCUGUUGUCACUGACAUAACAGCAGCAAUGGACAGUCAUUUCCUCUACACCCUCUCUAUUUUCCCUCUCUAGAAGUUAAUAAGCCAAAAAAACCCAGCUUGUCAUGUUGCCAAGAAACUACAAAUUGCAAAGUCCCCUGUGGUGGAACAUUUACUGACACUGGAGUUGACACUGGAGACUCCUUCCAUAAAUGUUUAGAGAAAACUUCAUUUUGUCAAUGAUACUACAUUUUGUUAAAUACUAACAUGUUUUUAAUUAAUUUGUUAUAGAUUAUGUGGGGCAUCUGACAGACAAGUCCCUACAAAUGAGCAGUUAUGAUAGAAAUGAUAAUGUCUUAGAACUAACGCAUUAUUAUAAACCUAUGAUUUGAUUUUCAGCUGGAACAACUGUCAGAGCUGCAGUUGUUCCGGCUGAACAACUAAUCAACAAGUUCUGACCAAUCAGAAUUGGGAAUUCAUCAGUGCUGUUGUCAAAAGGCAUUUACUCAAUAAAUACGUGUAAUUGCUGAAGACCUAUAUGGAAUUACCUUAUUAAUGUGAUUUUGCUAUGUCUUAAUGGUGCAUUGGAUUUACAAAUGUCUUCCACUUUUGUAUUGGACUUAUGACUGACAUUAAAAAAAAAAAAAAAAAGACCACCACUUCGGGCUCUCUUACCUCAUUUCAGUAAUAUUUUGUACCCCUUAAUGCACAGUAUGGCACAUGGAUUGAACACACACCAGUAAAAAUGAGGCCCAAUGUCUUUAUGUAAUUCUGGAAAUGAGAUUUAUAUACAGUAUUUGUUUGGUAAUUGGAUAUUUUAAUUUGCAUCUGGAGCUUAUCUAUGGUUUAGCUGUAGAAUUAAAGAAUUUUAACCCUAUGGUAAUACGGGAGACAACUGAAAACUAAGCUUUGCUGCUUAGGUCAGCACAAACACGAAUAAAAUUCAUCCUGUGGAAAAGCCAGUGCACUGCAGAAGAAAGGAUGUGGGAUGUGAAAGACAAUUUGCUUUAGAUAGUGGUUAUAUUUGCUUCUCGGCAACUUUUUUUUUUUACUCACUUCUCUUUUGCUCUUUGCAUGCGAGGAUUUUCUUGUCAGCAAUGUUGGGACCGCUGUGAGCAAAUGUUUUCCUGAGUUUAUUAUUAUUUAGGAAUAUAUCAUGUAAAAGCAUAUGUAAAAGUAUAUAUAUAAAUAUGUGUGAUCUAUUUAUGUGUUUGUCCUAACACACAGUCUUAACUAUUAACAUGAUAUUGACCCAAUUAUUAGAUUCAUCGAUACAUUGUAAUCCCUGCUGAUUUUACUAAAUAACACUGUUUUUGGUGAAAAAUGAUGGAAAUACUAAGAAGUUGUUUGUGAUAUAUUAAGAAAUAAAAGUAGCUCUUGAAAAAAAACAGGCAUUGGCAAUGAAUAAAACAAGAAAAAUACA